AAGCAAACAAAACAAAAUGGAAAACAUGAACCAAACAGGAACGGAGAACGCUUCGUCGUCUAAUGAAGCUGUCCAGGAUCUGUACGCUGAACCCAAGUUUAUAAAAAAGAAGAGGAAGAAAGAAGUAAACGAAGGGAUCGAGAAUCCGGUAUGGAAUUCAUCGACUGGUUCGUUACCGGUCAAGGAAAUCAUCUCGACAAUCGUACCGGAGCACAUACCUCAUCUGGAGAAGAACUACCAAAGUAAAGUCAACGGUCGACAUCUUGCCUUACAUCCAACCAAACGAACUCAAUCGCGUAGAAAUCAAUUCUCCGGGAUGAAGUCAAAGAGGAGAUCCGCAACCAACAGACAGGUUCAAUUCCUUGAACUAGAAAAAUUGAUUGAAGCAGAGCAGAAACGAUACCGGUAUCAAGACUUUGUACCAUUACAUCAACUAUGGCUGGGGUACAUGGCCGAGCUAUUGGAACUUCGCUUGAAGAGUCUAGACGAUCAGAACAACAUCCCAACGCUUCCAACCGAAGGUCCGCUAUCUCGAUCGGAAAAGUUCGCCGGAAUGCCUGCGAUCUCGGCCAUCCAAUCCAAACUACUCAAGGCGGAUUAUCAUGGGGCCCACUUGAGCGUUCACAAAGCUAAGAAUCCGUCUCUAGUCGACUUGCAAGGCAUCGUCAUCCAAGAAUCCGAACAAACUUUCAAAUUGAUACAAGCCGACAACCGAAUCAAAGUAAUUCCCAAAGCUCACACUAUCUUCGAACUCUCAUUACCCUUGCUUCAAGCACCCACGAAGGUGACCGGACCAAGUGAGAACAACAAGAGUGGUGACUCAAGCUUCCUAGUAUUCAAGAUCUUCGGAAACCAAUUCAUCUUUCGUCCCUCUGAACGCAUCAACAAAAAAUUCAAAUCAAAAGCUUGCUCUCAAUUGUGA